AAAAGGCUCCCAACGGGACUCCCUUUCUGUUAUCAAAUUUGUUGAGACACAAAAAGAGCAACAGUCUCAUUCCCAAGGACAUAUUGAGGGAGAGAAAGGGGGUUAUAGGACGGCCGCCUUUGUGUCAGAGCUUCAGUUCUCCCAAAGCUCAGCAGUCGAGCGCCCAGUCUUCACUCUGCUGCUGCACUGAUUGUGUCAGCAGACAGCCUUUUCUUCAAGAAGCCCAAUCACUGACAAGCUCCAAAAGCUCAGCCACCAAGAUGGAGUCUGUUACGACAGAGCUGUCCUCCCUGCUCACCAACCAGUCAUCGUCAGAGAGCUGUCCCACGGUGGACACGACCGUGGAGAACACCCUGUUUGGAUGCUUCUACAUCCUGGUUUUCUUCCUGGCGCUGAACGGUAACAGCCUGGCUCUGUGGAUCUUCUCCCACCAGCGUGGCUCGUCCUCUCCGGCGAACAUCUUCCUGAUCCACCUGGCUGUGGCGGACUUGUCGUACGUGAUCAUCCUCCCGCUGAGGGCCACCUACCACCUCACUGGAGGCCACUGGCCCUUUGGCGAGGUGCCGUGCAGAGCGGCAGGCUUUUUGUUUUACGUCAACAUGUACGCCAGCCUGUACUUCCUGGCGUGUGUGGCGGGGGAUCGCUACCUGGCCGUGGUCCACGCCGUGAGGUCGCUGAAGAUCCGCCGCGCCCGGUACGCUCACGUCAUCAGCUUCUCUCUGUGGGCCCUGGUUACCGUAUCCAUGGCACCGCUGCUGGUCACCCACCAGACUGCAGAAGUGGACGGCGUCACGGUGUGUCUGCAGCUGUACAGAGAGAAGGCCUCACGCAACGCUCUGAUCUCGCUGGCUGUGGCCUUCACCCCUCCCUUCCUCGCCACCCUGUCCUGCUACCUGCUCAUCAUUUACAGCCUGCACCACGGCUCCAGGUUAGAGCCGGCCCUCAAGCUGAAGGCCCUGCGCACCAUAGGUCUGGUCAUGCUGAUAUAUGUCGUCUGCUUCCUGCCUUAUCACUUGAGCAGGGCCACCUUCAUCCUCGGCUACAACCAUCCCAACGUCUCCUGCCAGACGCGCAGAGGCCUGAGCCUGGCCAACCGCCUCACCUCCUCCCUCACCUGCCUGAACGGCGCCCUGGACCCGCUCAUCUACCUGUUUGGGGCGGAGAAGUUCCGCGGCACUCUGAUGCGAUUGUUUUGCAAAGAUAACACCGGGAUGUCUGGAGCCACCAGCGGAGAUUUAAAGGGGACACAUGAGAGCUCUGUGAGCGCCAAGUCUGAGUUUUGAGGAGGAUAAAAACACGAGCUGGAUCUGAAGCACUGAUUGAUGCGGAUGCAUUUAACAACACACAGAAAAAUUGAUCGGCUUGUCACCUGACUGCCUUUGUCUGACUGAAGGUUUGAGCUAAUUCUGCAAUUUGGUCGUUGCCACUGUUGUCCCCCCUUAUGUUGAAUUUAAAGCCCAGUUUCAGUGUCCACCCUGCAUGCAGGAGGGUGUGAGGACUCCAAACAAACUCCAAUCUGGAGAGCACUUUGUGGACCCACACUACCUGGACAGGGGGCAUCAUGUGUGAGACUCGUAGUGUAACUUAUGGAUGGUUUGCAAAAAGAGCUCAAAAAGUCAACCAGUGAACCCGAUGACUUUGAGUCAUAAGGGUAUUUUUUUCUUCCUGCCAUUUGAUGACAUCAGCAGGCUUCAUCUGCAGGAAAUGUUUGACUUAAAACGCUCAGAACGUUAGAUGUGAGGCAGAAAAAAAAAAUCUUUUAGCAACAGCAUUGCAAGUUGUUGGACAAUAACCAUAUCCGUACAAUAUUUUUACACUUUUGUCCUGAAAAAAGUGCUGUUACAUACAAUAGUUUGACCAUUUUUUAUAGUUCACAUCAGCCGAUCAUGCUGGAUAUGGGCUAUGAAGAUGAACAGGAUUCACAAGCACAGCUGGAAGGUGCUUGUGUGUGUAUCAGUAAACCCAGUUAUUCAUCCAAUUACCUUUGCUUAUGGCCUUAACUGCUGGGAUGUCUCAUAAUUUAACGUUGUAACAGUAAACUACUGCACAGAUCUCCAGCUGAUGGACUGGGGAGACCCCAUCACAGGUACAUCAACUUGCUUUACAAAAAGAAAAUGUGAUGUGGGUAGAUUCAUGUCAAAAAUCUGGUUAAAAACGUGUGACUGCGACUAUAAUAAUUUACCCCCAAAUACAGCACGUUAUCAGCUGUGGUGUGAUAGCUGAACAUUUGAUCUGAUCAGAAACAUCCAGUGCAUUGUGGGAGCUUCAGUGAGAAUCAAGCUGUAGAUUUUAUAAGCUGAUGUGAGAAAAUGAGUUGUGUGUUAAACACCAAAUAAUCAAUUAUGUACAUAGUCAACAUUUAAUGUAUUUUUACUGUUUUGUAUCCAAUACCAAAUGUGAUAAAUAAUCAUUAGUUAGCUUUUAAUAUUUUUUUUUUUCCGAAGGUGUUUUUAGCCAUGCUAGCAGCGUCGCUCUCGUUGCUCUCUUUGUAGCAGCAUUUCUGUUCCCCUCAGAAACCAAAAUCUGCUUUGUUUUUGGUCCUAAUUAGCAAAAUGGUAGCAUCUCAACACCUUGAGCUGUGGCAGUGAACGUGGGAUAAGAAUUCGUGGAAAAAGAGACACAAUUUAAAAAAAAAAAGACGUCUGAGAAACUGUCCCCAUGACACAUCGAACAACUCUUUCUAUUAUGAUGUUUUUUUUAAUCUGUGGAGGUUUCAAUUUUUGUAAACUUUCCUCAAGCCGAGAAAAGCAAUAUCGAUCUGUGACAUCUUCACAAUGUAAAGUCCGUGGGCAGAGAGGGGACUUGUGGGCGGGGCCAGCAGGAGGAAUUUCCUCAUAACCAGGAAGUAAACAUGGAAGUAAACAUGGAAGCUGGAAACUUAUUGGCGCAAAACCUUGCGUUCACUACCUGGCUCUAUUUCAAACUUACCAGAUGAACCUCGGCAUGUUAGCAUUCCUGUUGUGAACAUGUUAGCAUGCUAAUGUUAGCAUUUAGCUCAAAGCACCACUGUGCCUCAGUAGAGCUCUGCAGAGUUGUUAGCACGACUGUAGUCUUGUUUUUUUUUAAGUAACGUGUUUUUUUAAAAUGCACUUAAAACAGUAUUUUCCAUGACUUUUUUUUUUAACUGCUAGAAGACAACAGCACUGUGUUUACUUUACUUGUGCUAGACAAAUCUUCACUGUACAUAUAUUCAUCAUUAUUCAGCUCCCCAGCUAUGCAUUUAUUGUUUCUAUGAUAUUGCACUAUUGCGUGACAAACUGCGAACCCUCCUGUCUGCAAAGGAAGUGAAGUUUGAGACAGAAAGACAAGAUUCACACUGAAAAAUGUGAGUUUAUGUUCUUGAGCAGUUAUUCUCUGUAUAAUAAACUUUGAAUUGUUGUUAAAAAGUCACAGAAAUGUCGUGUCUGUAAAGGAAGCUUGAUGGAUGUUCCACUGUCUUACUUAUAUGUUAACAUCUCACUUACAUUGCAUUGUUUCCUGUGUCAAUAAAAAAAACCUUGCUUUUUA